UUUACAUACAUACACUAAACUAAUCUUCUAUUUCCUUUUUACACAAUCAUACUAACAUUUUAACAAUAUGUAUCCUCUCACCACAUAUCACUUGCACCAAAUCUUCAACGAGCUAGACCGAAACAAGGAUGGCCUAGUGAGCAUCGACGAGCUCAUGUCGCUCCUCACUAGGCUCGGCCUGCAUGCUAAACAGACGGAGCUUGAGCUUCUAGUGGGUGAUGACAAAGCCCUCGACUUUUUCAAUUUCCUCUUCUUCUACCAAACAUUGAACAAUGUCAUUGUUGAAGAAAAUCGGGACCAAAUCAAGGAGGGUGACCUUGAAUUCCCGGAUGACGAUCUUAGGAAGGCGUUCGGGGUUUUUGAUUUGAACAACGACGGGUUCAUCUCCGGGGAGGAGCUGCGGAUUGCAUUAGGUAGGUUAGGAUUAUGGGAUGAGAAGAGUUGUGGCCAUGAUUGUAUGCAAAUGAUUGGCGUUUACGACACUAAUUCUGAUGGAUUGCUAGAUUUCGAGGAGUUUAAGGAAAUGAUGUCCAUGGAUUCCUUGGAAUCUUAUUAGAACUUAUGCUCUUUUUUUUCAUCAAGACUCCUUCCUUGAUUGAAUCUUCUUCAUUGUGUGUACGUAUGUGCCUAUAUAUGUAUAUAUAGUUUGGUUACUCUUUAA